UCCAUCCAAAUCUGCUCCUCCUCCUCCUGCUGCUGCUACACCCCCGAAGAACAAAAUUAGCAGGUACAACAGCGGCUGCUCCUCCUGCUGCUUGCUCCACUCAACACGAGGAGAUCUAGAGGAGUCGAUGACUGGCAGUGCCGUCUUUAACCGGAAGCACUGUGCCACAUUGGAUAAAAAGAAGACACCAACAGCAGGAUAUAUCAAAAGUGUUUCCGAUGAUCCGUGUUCUUCUAUUGCUUCUCUUGCUAUAUGUACCCCAAUGGGCAUCAGUGAGAGCAUUGAACAAUAAGACUGAUGUGGAUUCCUUGCUAGUGUUCAAGGCAAGCAUUGCCAGCCACCAUGGUGUCCUAGCUGCAUGGAACACAAGUACUGACUUCUGCCGAUGGCCAGGGAUCGGUUGCAGCCUUAAGCACAAGCACAGGGUCACAGUGCUUAACCUCUCUUCGGAGGGCCUUGGUGGGACGAUCGCACCUUCCAUUGGAAACCUCUCCUUCCUGAGAAUUAUAGACCUCAGAUGGAACAACUUGCAAGGUGAAAUCCCUUCAGAAAUUGGUCUUCUGCCUCGCCUACGACAUCUUCAUUUGUCAAACAACUCACUUCAUGGAGAUGUAAACGCUAGAUUGAAUAAUUGCACCAGCCUUGAAGUAAUAAACGUUGACUCAAACCGUUUAACUGGAGAAAUCCCUGCUUGGCUCGGAGACUUGUCAAGUCUCAAGGUCAUAGACCUGAGCACAAACAACUUCACUGGAAUCAUCCCGUCAUCACUUAGCAAUCUCACAGCAGCGAUAAUUAUCUAUUUCAACACAAACCAACUCACGGGGGCCAUCCCUGAGGGCCUUUGCAGGGUCGGUAGCCUUCUCUGGCUAGACCUGGCAGAUAAUCACCUCUCAGGCACCAUACCUACAGCGCUCUUCAACCUUUCCUCUCUAAAAGAGUUCAGUGUGGAAGCAAACGAUUUAGGCGGUAAACUACCCUCAGACUUUGGGGAUCACCUCCCAAAUGUAGAGUACCUACUCCUCGGCGGCAACCACUUUAUAGGGAACCUUCCAGCAUCUCUUGUCAACUCAACUGAGAUAUAUGUACUAGAUGUCCCCUACAACAACUUCACCGGAAGAUUGCCUCCAGAGGUUGGAAGGCUCUGCCCAGACUUGCUCAGUCUUGGAGCAAAUCAGUUCAUGGCAGCAACAGUGCAGGACUGGGAGUUCAUGACAUUGUUGACAAACUGCACACGCCUCCGUGUCCUGAACCUCCAAUUCAACAUGCUAGGUGGCGUGCUCCCUAGCUCAGUUGCCAACCUAUCAUCACAGCUCCAAGGGCUAUAUGUUGGAGCCAACGAGAUUUCUGGAAAGAUACCAUUUGGCAUAGGCAAUCUUCUUGGGCUAAAUCGAUUGCAGCUAUCUGGUAAUCAAUUUACUGGUGCCUUGCCUGACACCAUAGGGAGGCUAAAUUGGCUACAAUUCCUGGAGUUGGAAGACAACCUACUGACAGGAUUCAUGCCAUCCUCGCUUGGAAACUUGACACAACUACUACAAGUGUACACAGGUAAUAACACAUUUGAGGGGCCUCUUCCAGCAAGCCUUGGGAGCCUACAAGAGCUAACUGCAGCAAACUUUGCGAACAACAAGUUCUCAGGUCCAUUGCCUACAGGGAUCUUUAACCUGUCGUCCCUAUCAGACACCCUGGAUUUGUCAGGAAAUUACUUUGUUGGUCCUCUUCCACCUGAAGUAGGCAGCCUGGCAAAGCUUGCACACCUCUACUUAUCACGGAACAACUUAUCAGGGCCUCUACCAAAUGCACUCAGCAACUGCCAAAGCUUGACAGAACUCAUGCUGGAUGAUAACACCUUUGAUGGUAGCAUUCCCUCAUCUAUCAGCAACAUGCGAGGCCUGAUGCUGCUAAAUCUUACAAAGAACACACUUUCAGGUUUGAUUCCUCAGGAUUUAGGGCUAAUGGGUGGCCUUGAAGAGUUAUACCUAGCACACAACAACUUGUCUGGUCAUAUCCCAGAGAGCUUGGAAAAUGUGUCAUCAUUGUACCAGUUAGACCUGUCCUUCAACCAUUUGGAUGGCAAAGUUCCAUCACAGGGUGUAUUCAGUAAUGCAUCUGGGUUUUCGUUUGAUGGGAAUUUGGGGCUUUGUGGUGGUAUAUCAGAGUUACAUUUGCCUCCAUGCCAGCCCGAAUCUGUUGGACAUGGAUUGAGCAAACGCCAUUUGACUAUCACCCUAGUUAUCGCAAUUGUUGGCACAAUUAUGGGUUUGAGUUUGAUGCUCGUUUCCUUCACAAUGAGAAAGAAAUCAAAAGCUCGGCCUGCAACCACAGGAGGAUUCCAGUUGAUGGAUGACAGUUAUCCCAGAGUUACUUAUGCUGAAUUGGAACAAGGAACAAGUGGCUUUGCAGCAGAGAAUUUGAUUGGCAGAGGAAGGUACGGAUCGGUGUAUAAGUGUUGUUUGCUGCUCAAAAAUAUGAUGACCACAGUAGCUAUAAAGGUUUUUGAUCUUCAACAGUCUGGCUCUUCCAGAAGUUUCCUAGCUGAGUGUGAGGCACUUAGUAAGAUCCGCCAUCGUAAUUUGAUCAGUCUUAUAACUUGCUGUUCAAGCUCUGACUCAAACCAAAACGACUUCAAAGCCAUCGUUUUCGAGUUCAUGCCUAAUGGGAGCCUAGAUAGGUGGUUACACAUGGAUGUACGUGUAUCACAUCAACUCCAAGGCUUGACAUUGAUGCAGAGACUAAAUAUUGCAGUUGAUAUUGCUGAUGCACUAGAUUAUUUGCACAACAACUGUGAACCACCAAUAAUUCAUUGUGACUUGAAGCCAAGCAACAUUCUUCUCAAUGAGGAUUUAGUUGCUCAUGUUGGGGAUUUCGGCCUUGCAAAGAUUCUUCCUGAAUCAACAGUUGAGCAGCUGAUCAAUUCAAAGAGCUCAGUUGGAAUAAGGGGAACAGUUGGAUAUGUCGCUCCAGAAUAUGGCGAAGGUGGUCAAGUUUCUUCAUGUGGAGAUGUGUACAGCUUCGGAACUGUCAUCCUCGAGUUGUUUACAGGCAUGGCACCUACUCAUGACAUGUUUAAAGACGGGUUGACCCUGCAGAAACAUGCCCAGAAUGCAUUUACAGGGAUGCUAAUGCAGAUUGCUGAUCCAGUCCUACUGUCCACUGAAGAAGCCAAUGCUAAUAGUUUGCAGGAUGGAAGCAACACAAUGGAACAUGCCAUAUUCUCUGUCAUGAAGGUUGCGCUAUCAUGUAGCAAGCAUGCACCGACAGAGAGAAUGUGCAUCAGAGAUGCUGCUGCUGCGAUUCACAGGAUAAGAGAUGGCUAUGUUAAAGCAAGACAAAAUGAGAGGGUUGUUACAGCUGCAUUUACCGCAAGGCAUUUUGCCGAAACAUCCAGGGCAGCCCCUUGAACUGGCAUCACGCACUCACUCUUAAUGGCUUUGUAGUAGUUAUAUAUUGCACUCCUAUGGUUUUGAUAUGUUAGUUUCCGGCUGGCCAUGUUCUCAUAGCUUGUUGAUCUACCGUUUGCAGCCUGUCUGUCACUCUGCCUGCAACACUUAAUAUGGUUUGUAUAUGGGGAUGCCUACAUUGUGAACUGGUAAUAUCAUUUGUAUUGGCUACUGACUGUGCUAAAUACAGAUAUUACUGAAUUCCCUUCCGUCUAAAAGACAGGUAUAACUGCAUGAUAUAUGCACUAAUAACAUGACCGGACAAAUCUGUAUUUUGUUCCCAGGA